GGCCUUGUUUCCGCGAUCCGCCUGGUCGUCUGGGCGGGCGCUGCGGUCCAGCCCGGCAGGUGAGGUUGCUCGGCCGGCGGGAGAGGCCAGUGAGGUGGCCCCGCCGGGCAGUGAGGUCGGCGGAGCGGCGGCGGGUGAGGCAGGCAUGGGUUGGAGUUGGCGUCUCUCCCCGGACCUGACCACAACCAGCAUCAUGCAGUUACUAACUGCUCCUCUCUCACGAAUUGAUGCCGCCCCGGAAAAGACGCCGCCCACCUUCCCGGAAACCUCAGCUGCUGUUCCACCAACGGCCACUGGAGGGCCCCAAACACCGCUGUGGAUCACCCCAGCUUCCCAUCACCCACACCAGACAGGUGCCCAGCAAGCCCAUUGACCACAGCACCAUCACUUCCUGGGUGUCACCUCAGUUUGACACAACAGCAGAAAGCUGGCUCCCAGCCAACCAGAAACGUCGUCACCGAGACCAGGCAAGGCGUUCAAGUCGAAAAUCUGCCAGCUCCAAGUUUCCGCAUUUAGCGUUUGAGAGUCCACCAUCUUCUGCCAGUUCAGCCACACUUGGGAUGCCCUUGAUCAGGGACCACCCCAGUCAGCCAGAAAAGGACAUUUCCAGGAGGCCCUUAGUCCCACUUCUCAGCCCCCAGAGCUGCGGGGAGCUGUCAGCACAGGCGCUUCAUAGCUUCCCUUAUGUGUUCCUGCCCCCUGAUAUCCAGACGCCAGAGUCCUUGAUGAAGGGCGGGCUCAUUCCCUCGGAGCAGAGGGAAAACAGCCCCCCCAGCUGCUCCCUUCCCACAAGUGUGCCCGAGAGCCCGGAGCCCGGGCCUGUUCUGGUUGAAGAUACCCCCGAGGAGAAGUAUGGGUUAAAGGUCACCUGGAGGAGGAGACGACACCUGUUUACUUACCUCAGGGAGAGGGGGAAGCUGAGCAGAAACCAGUUCCUUGUGAAAAACUGACUGGAUUUCUCAGACGUCAGUGGUCUCAAAUUGCUGGUUUUCAUGGAGUUGCUCAAGUCACUUUUCUGGCUCACAAGAGAGUGUGUCAAUAGAAUAACUUGGAAAUAACACCAAUACCAUCAGGAGAAAAAAGAUGCUUUAACUAGAGCCCUGGAGCCAUAAAAGAAUUCAAUUCCCAGAUUUGCUUUUGCAAAAGAGCUUGUGUCAUAAACAGUUUUUAGUGUCAGCCACAGUUCGCUUCUUAUUUUUCUUGUAUUAACUGUUUAAAAUUUUUAAAUAUCUUAUGACUGUUUAAAAUAUACGUAAAUAAAUAGCUGCAGAAACUUUUUAGAGAACCCUGCUUCUGUCACUAAUGCAGCACUACAGCCCCCUCCCAUGAUCUCUCUUAAUUGUUGCCUUUAACCACUACUUAUUCAUUCUUUUAAUUACGUCAUUUAAACUGAAUUCAUUCCACAUGUUUGAAUACAAUUCUGUGGGGCUCAGCGACCGCUUCCUCUGACCUGAUGCAUGGGAAGCAAAGUGACUUUAUAGUUAAGCUGAUGCCUCUGCAGUCUUGGCCCAUCUGCUCAAAGGGCAAGAUGCUGAACAGGCAGCUAGCCUGUUUAAUGAAUUGGUGGGAUCAGGGCAAUAAAGGGGACAUAGUUACCUAGGGUUGCUGUUCUGAUUUUUUGUUUCCAACUGAAGUCAAUAUAGGAUAGGAUGGGAAAUGAUUUUUUGUUGUAACUGUUUAAAAUGUAUGUAAAUAAAUGUUUUCAAAUACUG